AUGUCUACCGCAUCGAAAGACAAAUCCAAGGUCCACAAGCUGUCCUUGAAAGGAUCGGCGAAGCUGGUGGCAGAAUUCUUUGAAUACUCUAUCAACUCCAUCCUCUUCCAACGUGGUGUCUAUCCCCCCGAAGACUUUACUACUGUCAAGAAAUAUGGGCUCAACAUGCUGGUCACCGCCGACGACCAGGUCAAGGCUUACAUCAAAAAGAUCAUGUCUCAAUUGAAUAAAUGGAUGGUCGGAGGAAAGAUUUCCAAGCUCGUCGUCGUCAUUACAAGCAAGGAAACGGGAGAACACGUCGAACGGUGGCAGUUCGACGUUCAAAUCUUCGGAAGGCACAGCAAGAGCAAGUCUUCGCGGUCGUCUGGUGACAAGGAAAAUGCUGGGCCAACAGAUGCCGAGCCUACGGUUGAAAAGACCGAAAAGGAAAUCCAAGACGAAAUCCAAGCCAUCUUCCGACAGAUCACCGCUUCCGUGACCUUCCUGCCCGUCCUCGACGGCGACUGCACAUUCAACGUUCUGGUGUACGCCGACGCCGACUCCGAAGUCCCCGUGGAAUGGGGCGACAGCGACGCUAAGGAGAUCAAGAACGCCGAGAAAGUGCAGCUCCGGAGUUUCAGCACCAACAACCACCGCGUGGAAACACUGGUCAGCUACCGGCUUGCGGAUUGA